GAGAGCUGAUCGCAAUAACAUGGGUGAUGCUUGCCCACGGAAGCUGGCAACCGCCAAUCUUCUCCGUUUCCUUCUGCUGGUCCUGAUCCCGUGCAUCUGUGCCCUAGUCGUUCUGCUGGUGAUUCUGCUGUCUUUUGUUGGAACAUUAACAAAGGCCUAUUUUAAGUCAAAUGGGAGUGAGCCUUUGGUUACUGAUGGUGAAGUCCAGGGAUCUGAUGUUAUUCUUACGAACACAAUUAAUAACGAGAGCACUGUGGUGUCUACUGCCCAUCCCAAUCAGCACAUUCAGGCCUGGACAACAGAUAUUUCUCCCCCAGGGGACCAAAGUCACCGGAGUACAAGCGCCUGCAUGAACAUCACCCACAGCCAGUGCCAGGUGCUGCCUUACCACACAACGAUGACGCCUCUCCUCUCCAUCGUCAGAAACAUAGAAAUGGAGAAGAUCCUCAAGUUCUUCACAUACCUCCAUCGCCUCGGCUGCUAUCCACAUAUCAUGCUAUUUGGCUGCAGCCUUGCCUUCCCUGAGUGCAUUGUUGAUGGCGAUGACAGUCAUGGACUCCUGCCCUGUAGGUCCUUCUGUGAGGCCGCAAAGGAAGGCUGUGAGUCAGUCCUGGGCAUGGUGAAUUACUCCUGGCCCAAUUUCCUCAAGUGCUCCCAGUUUAGAAACCAAUCCGAAAGCAGCAACGCCAGUCGGGUUUGCUUCUCACCACAGCAGGAAAAAGCAAAGCAAUUGCUCUGCGGAGGGGGCGAGAGUUUUCUGUGUACCAGUGGAAUCUGCAUCCCCAGGAAACUGCAGUGCAAUGGCUACAAUGACUGCGAUGACUGGAGUGACGAGGCCCACUGCAACUGCAGCAAGAACCAGUUUCACUGUGACACGGGCAAGUGCCUUAAUGACAGCCUCGUGUGUGAUGGCUAUGAUGACUGUGGGGAUCUGAGUGACGAGCAGAACUGUGAUUGCAACCCCACGAGGGAGCACCGCUGUGGGGAUGGGCGCUGCAUCGCCAUGGAGUGGGUGUGUGACGGUGACCACGACUGUGUGGACAAGUCCGACGAGGCCAACUGCUCCUGUAACAGCCAGGGCCUGGUGGAGUGCAGGAAUGGACAGUGUAUCCCCAGCACCUUUCAGUGUGAUGGCGAUGAGGACUGCAAGGAUGGGAGCGAUGAGGAGAACUGCAGUGGCAGUCAAACUCCGUGUCAAGAAGGAGACCAGAGAUGUGUCUAUAGUUCCUGCCUCGACUCCUGUGGUGGCAGCUCUCUCUGUGACCCCAGCAACAGUCUGAACAACUGUAGUCAGUGUGAACCAGUCACGCUUGAGCUCUGCCUGAAUCUGCCCUACAACUACACGCGGUACCCAAAUUUCCUUGGCCAUGGGACUCAGAAGGAAGCCUCCAUCAGCUGGGAGUCCUCCCUUUUCCCUGCACUCGUUCAGACCAACUGCUACAAGUACCUCAUGUUCUUUGCCUGCACCAUUUUGGUGCCAAAGUGUGACACGUCUACGGGCCAGCGCAUCCCUCCUUGCAGAGCUCUGUGCGAGCACUCCAAAGAACGCUGUGAGUCUGUCCUGGGGGUCGUGGGCCUGGAGUGGCCUGAAGACACAGACUGCAACCAAUUUCCAGAGGGGAAUUCAGACAAUCAAACCUGCCUGAUGCCUGAUAAAUAUGUGGAAGAAUGCUCACCUAGUCACUUCAAGUGCCGCUCGGGACGGUGUGUGCUGGCUUCCAGAAGGUGUGAUGGUCAGGCUGACUGUGAUGAUGACAGUGAUGAGGAAAACUGUGGUUGUAAGGAGAGAGACCUUUGGGAAUGUCCCUCCAACAAGCAAUGUUUGAAGCACACAGUGAUCUGUGAUGGCUUCCCUGACUGCCCUGAUGGCAUGGAUGAAAAAAACUGCUCGUUUUGCCAUGACGAUGAGCUGGAGUGUGUGAACCACAUGUGCAUGUCUCGCAGCCUGUGGUGUGAUGGGGAAGCCAACUGCUCCGAUGGUUCGGAUGAGUGGGACUGCGUGACCCUUUCUGGAAACGUGAACUCCUCUUCCUUCCUGACCGUUCACAGAGCUGCCACAGAGCACCACGUGUGUGCAGAUGGUUGGCAGGAGACACUGAGUCAGCUGGCCUGCAGGCAGAUGGGUUUAGGAGAACCAUCUGUGACUGAAUCAAUAAAGGACCAGGAAAAAGACCGGCCGUGGCUGGCAUUGCCCUCCAACUGGGAAGACCUUAAUGGAACCACUCUGCAUGAGCUGCUGGUAAAUGGGCAGUCUUGUCAGAGCAGAAGUAAGAUUUCUCUUCUGUGUAAUAAACAAGACUGCGGGCGCCGCCCUGCUGCCCGAAUGAACAAGAGGAUCCUCGGAGGACGUACAAGUCGCCCAGGCAGGUGGCCGUGGCAGUGUUCUCUGCAGAGCGAGCCCAGUGGACAUAUCUGUGGCUGUGUCCUCAUCGCCAAGAAGUGGGUUCUGACGGUCGCCCACUGCUUUGAGGGGAGGGAGAAUGCUGGCAUCUGGAAGGUGGUGCUUGGCAUCAACAAUCUGGACCACCCGUCAGUGUUCAUGCAGACACGCUCUGUGAGGACCAUCAUCCUUCAUCCCCGCUACAGUCGGGCCGUGGUGGAUUAUGACAUCAGCAUCGUUGAGCUGAGUGAGGAAGUCAACGAGACGAGCUAUGUCCGGCCCGUGUGCUUACCCAGCCCACGGCAGUGGCUGGAACCCGACACCUAUUGCUACAUCACAGGCUGGGGCCACAUGGGCAACAAAAUGCCUUUUAAGCUGCAGGAGGGAGAGGUCCGCAUCAUUUCUCUGGAGCAGUGUCAGUCCUAUUUUGACAUGAAGACCAUCACCACCCGGAUGAUAUGUGCAGGCUAUGAGUCUGGCACCGUCGACUCCUGCAUGGGGGACAGUGGCGGGCCUCUUGUCUGUGAGCGCCCUGGAGGACAGUGGACAUUAUUUGGGUUGACUUCCUGGGGCUCCGUCUGCUUUUCCAAGGUCCUGGGGCCUGGUGUUUACAGCAAUGUGUCAUACUUCAUUGAAUGGAUUGAAAGACAGAUAUAUAUCCAGACCUUUCUCCUGAACUAGUUGUAAGGAUGAUCAGAGACUCUUGCCAGCUACACUCAAAGAAAACGACCUUCUUGACAGCAAAGAGCUUCCCGCAGAGAGCUGUACAGAGGACAGGGGCAUUUGACAGUGCACUGCCAAUCUGCAUGUUUGUUUUAAACUCAUUUUAUUCAACUUAUUUUUUUCAACUUUCUCUUAUUUCAAGUUCAGAGAAAGCCUUUUAAAAAAAUAAAGCAAAGCAGACUUUCUUCUUUUGCCAGGACUGACCUUGACUGUGGCAUGAAAUUAUCAACUCUGGAGAGAUUUAAAAUAAUGCAGGUACUAGGGUAACAGGUUAUAGAAUGUUCCCUUUUUAUCCUACCACAAAAAAGACAUUGAGAUUCAGGUCAACUAAUUAAUCUCUGCCAGUUUCUGUUUCUCAAGCCCAGUAACAUAGUGAAAAAUUUCAAUAUUAAUAUUAGUCUUGCUUUU